CUCCGUGUCUCGAAAUGUAAACUCCAUGACGUCCAGUUUGAACCCACCACCCUUUCAUUCUUGGGGUCUUGUGUUUUUUUAGAGCCAUGAAGGUGUGUCAAUUCGGAUUUGUUCUGGCAACAUAUUUAUUUCAGAUAUCCAACGGCAAUUAUGUGCGGUCUCAGCCAGAACAAGUCCAUAUCGCCACAUCAGCUAAUUCCAAGAACAUUGUCAUCACUUGGAGCACUUGGGACCAAACUGAGUCCCUCGUCGAGUAUGGAAGAGCCUUCAAGACGCUGAAUCAGACCCAAAGGGGAUAUUCAUCCAAGUUUGUGGACGGUGGCCAAGAGAAGCGAUCCCAGUUCAUUCAUCGGGUCACGCUCGAAGACUUGAAACCGGAUGCAAUUUAUGCCUAUCACGUUGGAAGUUCCAUGGGCUGGUCCGAUUUAUUCUGGUUCAGGACUCUGCCUUCAGGCUCAAAUUGGUCCCCUCGAUUUGCUAUUUUUGGGGACAUGGGCAAUAUCAAUGCCCAGUCGUUGCCCCGGCUUCAAAAAGAAACUCAAGAGGGCAUGUACGACAUGAUCAUUCAUGUUGGGGACAUGGCCUACAAUAUGGACGAUGAUAAUGCCAGAGUGGGGGAUGAAUUCAUGCGACAAUUGGAACCAAUUGCCGCAUACGUUCCAUACAUGGUCUGUCCAGGCAAUCAUGAACAAAAAUACAAUUUUUCAAAUUACAAAGCCCGUUUCUCCAUGCCUGGCAACAGCGAGAGCAUGUUCUACAGCUUUGAUGUUGGGCCCAUACAUUUCCUGUCCAUAUCCACGGAGUUCUACUACUUCCUCAAUUAUGGGAUUAAAAUGGUUUCUAACCAAUACCAAUGGAUCAUUGACGACCUCAAGGAAGCCAAUCGACCUGAAAACCGAGCUCAGAGGCCUUGGAUCGUGAUAUUUGGUCAUCGUCCCAUGUAUUGUUCCACGGACGACAAGGACGAUUGCACCAGAAACACCACCUACACCCGAAUCGGUCUGCCCUUGAUGAAUGCCUUUGGUUUGGAGAAGGUUUUACUUGAUUAUAAUGUGGACUUGGCCUUCUGGGCCCAUGAGCAUGAUUAUGAGAGGUUUUGGCCUUUGUACGAUUACCAAGUUCGUAAUGGGAGCACUUCGGAGCCUUAUGUCAAUCCAAAAGGACCCGUUCAUAUCAUUACUGGAUCAGCGGGUUGCGAGGAGCGCCAUGAUCCUUUCCAACGACAGCCGGAGAUAACAGCGUUCCGGUCUCUGGAUUAUGGAUAUACCCGGCUGAUCGGCCACAAUGGCACUCAUCUCGAAAUCGAGCAAGUGUCAGAUGAUAAGGGCGGUGAGAUCGUUGAUCACUUUUGGAUUGUGAACCAUGAGCACAAAUUUCCAUCUUUUUUGUAAUGUAUCGUCUCCCCUUGUUCAAAGUUAUUAAGACAAGAAUAUAAGGCCUAGUUUUCUCUCUAA